AUGGCUUUACCUCGGCUCACAGGAGCCUUGUGCUCCAUUUCAAAUGUCACUAAGCAAGAUAAUUAUAAUGAAGAAGUGGCGGACUUAAAGCUGAAGCAAUCCAAACUACAUGAACAAGUCCUAGGUUUGGGCCUGACAUGGAAGAAGAUACUAACAUUUUUGAACGAGAAACUGGACAAGAGUGAAAUGCAAUGUAUAAAUGAAGAUUUGAAGGAUAUAUUACAAGCUGCAAAACAAAUCAUUGGAACAGAUGAUGGCAAAGAAGCAAUUGAAAGUGGGGCUUCAUUUCUCUUUAUGACAUUUCACUUGAUGGACUUUGUUGGCCAAGUAGAGACAAAGGCUAUUAAAAAGAUGUUUGGUCCAUUUCCGUCUUCAUCUGCCACUGUAGCUUGUGAUGCUACUAAUCGAAUUAUCUCUCACUUUAGUCAAGAUGACCUGACUGCUUUUGUCCAGCUGACAGAAAACCAAUGUAAUGAUAGAAAAACUAUAAGUCUGGACUACGAGAAGUUCCUAAAUGAACAUCUUCAGGAGCAUUGCCCCACAGAACUCAAGAAAACAAAUGGUUCCUUUUUGUGGUGUGAAGUUGAAAAGUAUUUAAAUUCAACUUUGAAGGAAAUGACUGAAGCACCAAGAAUAGAAGAUCUGUGCUGUACCUUACAUGAUAUGCUUGCUUCUGUUAGAAGUGGUGAUGAGCUUCAGGAUGAGUGUGGGAAAGCCUUCAGUCGUGAUUCUCAGCUAAGUCUUCAUCAGAGACUUCAUACUGGUGAGAAACCUUAUGCAUGCAAGGAAUGUGGGAAGGCAUUUACUCAAAGCUUCCAACUCAUUUUACAUCAUAGAAUUCAUACUGGUGAAAAACCCUAUUAAUGUGAAGACUAUGGGAAAGCCUUUAUUCAAAGUUCACAAUUUAGCCGACAUCAAAAAGUCCAUACUGGUGAGAAACCUUACAAAUGUAAAGAAUGUGGGAAGGCCUUUACACAGCUUUCACAACUUAUUUUGCAUAGAAGAAUUCAUACUGGUGAGAAACCCUAUGAAUGCAAGGAAUGUGGGAAGGCUUUUAUUUGUGGUUCACAGCUUUCCCAGAAUCAGAAGAUUCAUAAUAGGGAGAAGCCAUAUGAGUGUAAGGAAUGUGGAAAGUCUUUUAUUCAAGGCUCACUACUUAUGCAACAUCAAAGGAUUCAUACUGGUGAAAAACCCUACAAAUGUGAAGAAUAUGGGAAAGCCUUUAUCUGUGGAUCCCAACUUACUCAACAUCAAAGAAUUCAUACUAAUGAAAAGCCUUAUGAAUGUAAAGAAUGUGGGAAAACAUAGCAUGGCUCACAACUUACUCAACACCAGAGAAUUCAUACUGGUGAGAAACCCUAUCAUUGUAAUGAAUGUGGAAAGGCCUUUAAUCGCGGCUCACUCCUUACUCAACACCAGAAGAUUCACACUGGUGAGAAACCCUAUGAAUGUAGAGAAUGUGGGAAAUCUUUUAUUCGUGGCUCACAGCUUACUCAGCAUCAAAGAAUCCAUAGUGGUGAGAAACCUUAUGAAUGUAAAGAAUGCAGAAUGGCCUUUACUCAGAGUUCACAUCUUUCUCAACAUCAAAGACUUCACAUUGGUGAGAAAGCCUAUGUAUGUAAUCAGUGUGGGAAAGCCUUUGCUCGUGGCUUACUGCUUAUACAGCAUCAGAGAAUUCAUACUGGUGAGAAACCAUAUCAUUGUAAGGAAUGUGGGAAGGCCUUUAUUCAUAGUUCACAGCUCACACAACAUCAGCGAAUUCACACUGGAGGGAAGCCCUAUGAAUGCAAGGAAUGUGGGAAGACCUUUGGUCAUGGCUCUCAACUUAGUCUACAUCAGAGAAUCCAUACUGGUGAGAAGCCCUAUGAAUGCAAAGAAUGUAGAAAGGCUUUUACUCAGAGCUCACACCUUUCUAGACACCAGUGAAUUCAUACUGGUGAAAAACCUUAUCAGUGUAAGGAAUGUGAGAAAGCAUUUACUUGUGGUUCGCAACUAACACAACAUCAGAGAAUUCAUAUCAGUGAGAAAUCUUUUGUCUAUAAGGAAUGUUGA